GUCCAUGGGCUUUCAAGGUCACACCGCCUACAAGUAGGGAGCAGGGACAGAGAAAGAGCCUGCAUGCCAUUUCUAAGGUCUUCAGGAUCAAAUGUCGUUCGUCCUCUCCAGAAUGGCAGCCUGUGGAGGCACCUGCAAGACCAAAGUCACGGUCUCCAAGCCUGUGUGGGACUUCUUAAGCAAGGAGACACCAGCCCGGCUGGCCCGGCUUCGGGAAGAGCAUCGUGUGUCCAUCCUCAUAGAUGGCGAGACUUCUGACAUCUAUGUUCUCCAGCUUUCCCCACAGGGCCCUUCCCCCGCCCCUCCCAAUGGCCUCUACCUGGCCAGGAAGGCUCUUAAGGGGCUGCUAAAAGAGGCAGAGAAGGAGCUGAAGAAAGCUCAGAGGCAGGGGGAGCUUAUGGGCUGCCUGGCUUUGGGCGGUGGUGGGGAGCAUCCUGAGCUGCACCGCCCAGGCCCACCCCCUCUCCGAGCAGCCCCACUCUUGCCCCCAGGGGCACGGGGGCUUCCUCCUCCUCCUCCUCCCCUGCCCCCUCCUCUUCCUCCCCGCCUUCGGGAGGAAGCAGAAGAGCAGGAGAGUACCUGCCCCAUCUGUCUGGGGGAGAUCCAGAACGCCAAGACAUUGGAGAAGUGUCGGCACUCUUUCUGUGAAGGCUGCAUCACCCGGGCCCUGCAGGUGAAAAAGGCCUGCCCCAUGUGUGGCCGCUUCUAUGGGCAGCUGGUAGGCAACCAGCCCCAGAAUGGACGGAUGCUGGUCUCUAAGGAUGCCACACUCCUACUGCCCAGUUAUGAGAAGUAUGGCACCAUCGUCAUCCAGUAUGUCUUCCCGCCCGGUGUCCAGGGGGCUGAACACCCAAACCCAGGAGUUCGGUAUCCUGGCACUACUCGGGUGGCCUACCUCCCGGACUGCCCUGAGGGUAACAAGGUGCUGACCCUGUUCCGAAAGGCGUUUGACCAGCGUCUCACCUUCACUAUUGGCACGUCAAUGACCACAGGGAGACCGAAUGUCAUCACCUGGAACGACAUCCACCACAAGACCAGCUGCACAGGGGGACCCCAGCUGUGGGACACUUCUUCGUUUCCCUUUACUUGGCUCCUCCCCUUUGUCUGUUUCCACAGAGAGAACAAUUCCCUCUCUCUGGGAGCCUCCUAAUUGGAGUGGGCCAGCCCCAAACUAUUCAACCAUCUCUUCCAUCCCAGUUUCUCCUACAUUUAACCUGGUCCUGAUAUGCCCAGUUUAACCUGCAAAAAUAAGCAGAAUUGGGCUAAUUUAUCUUGGAUUUGGAUUACAUUAGGGGAGGGAGCAGAGGGCCCACAAUGGGGCACCCAGAAGGAGUGUGAGCGUGGGGAUAAAGCUGAACAGCUAACCCUGACCCUCAUUUUUCUUUGCUUUCAGGUUUGGGUACCCAGACCCCACCUACUUGACCCGGGUGCAAGAGGAGCUGAGAGCCAAGGGUAUCACAGAUGAUUGAAGGACAUCCCUUUGCCAAGGCCCCUGCCUUUGUCCUCCACUAGGACCCAACAGAAGCCUCUGUUCUCUCUCCCUCUGCUCCCCCACACCACACAGUAGGGGACCUGUCUGAACUGGGGAGUUCAGAGAGGGAUGAGGCAACCCCUUCCUCUGUCCCCACAGGCCAAGUGCUUCAGUGCAGUGUGAGCUGCUCCCUUCUGGCAGAGGCUGUCUCUCAGGCUCUGCUCCCUCUGGUGUACAUACUCCCAGUCUUCCUGCCCCUUCUGUUGCCCUUGGCUUUUUCUGGUCUUUCUGUGCUCCAGUGAGGACCUGGGUGGGGAGGAGAGGGGAGGGGUCUUGAACGCCCACUCCCAUCCCAUACUGUUCCACUGCUGAACUUCGGUGCAGGGGAGGGGGGAUCAGCUGCUGUGAGCCCCCAUGGAGCGGCCCUGUAUGUUCUUCUUAACCAAUUCCCCAUCUACCUUAACCUUGUCCUUUCCUGUGUCUCUGUUUGUCAGUCUGUCUCCUGCUCUUCUCUGCCCCCUAUAAGGAGCCUCCUUACCCUGUUCUGGAACUGCCGCCAAACUGUAGCUUUUAAUUUAAUAAAAAUAAAGUAAAAUAUGCAACUCUA